AUGAUUAAUGAAUAUCUAGCAUUUCAAGAAAGAAGGGCAGUCAUUUAUAAAGAAUGAAAUAAGGCACUCAGCAGCUUUAUUAAAGAUAAAGACCCAGUGCCUUUUCAAGCUUGCAUUAUGGCUUCCACAAAAGAGUUAAGAGAGAUUAGAGAAAGCAUCAUGAAGCUACAAUUAGAAGGCCGAGCAAUGGAAAUUGUCCAGAAAAUUGAAGCGCUAGAGGACACACAUUUAAGGAGAAAUGUCGAGUUGCAAAGAGAAAAAGUGCAACAAAUGGAAGGAAAUAAUACAUUUGUGAGGGAAAUCGAAGAGGAAAUAAUGGAUUUGAUCCAAGAACUCAUAUAUAUUGAUCGGACAUAA